GUUGCCAUUUGUGCACGAGGUCCGUCGCAUCGCAACGCAGCUUCUCAAGGUGCUCGUUGAAACAACCAAUUUUCCAUCUUGUUGACCUAAUUUCUCUCAAUUUCUGUUUUCACAAAGUGCUAUUUAGAAAUGACACAGAAGUGGAUUUGACAUAUUCUUCUCACUCAGGGCAAUACAAAAUGGAUUAUCGGGGUUACAGUAGUAGACUGGAAACAAACAACUCAAAUAAAGGCUAUGCUCAGGAGCAGGGAUCUCUUGCUGAUGACUUUAUAGAUGAUUUUCGCUUGCCCAUCAACCAUAAACCAACAGAAAAUGUUGAUCUUGAUAAUGUGGAACAAGCAUCAUUGGACACACAAUUAACUUCAUCAAAUGUGGGAUAUAGGCUUCUCCAGAAGAUGGGCUGGAAAGGGAAGGGACUAGGGAAGGAUGAGCAAGGAAUUAUUGAGCCAAUAAAAUCUGGAAUGAGAGAUCCCAAACUAGGAAUUGGAAAACAAGAAGAAGAUGAUUUUUUCACUGCAGAAGAAAAUAUCCAGCGGAAAAAGCUUGAUGUUGAGGUGGAAGAGACAGAAGAACAUGCCAAAAAGCGGGAGGUUUUAGCAGAACGUGAGGAGAAGAUUCAAACUGAGGUCAAAGAAAUACGCAAGGUUUUCUAUUGUGAUCUUUGCAACAAACAGUACAAAUUGGCAAUGGAAUUUGAAGCUCAUCUCAGCUCAUAUGAUCAUAAUCAUAGAAAGCGUUUUAAAGAAAUGAGAGAAAUGCAUGGAUCAAGCAGCCGAGAUGACAGAAACAAACGGGAACAGCAACGUGAAGAGAGAGAGAUGGCAAAAUUUGCUCAAAUUGCGGAUGCCCGUAAGAAGCAGCUGCAGAUGCUGGAACAACAAGAAACAGCAGCCGAGGCUCCUGUUUCUACUGAACUUAGAAAUGCUACAUCACUUGCUGAUCAGGAUCAGCGGAAAACAUUAAAAUUUGGUUUCUCUUCUAAAGGUGGCACCUCGAAGAACAUUUUUGGUGGAGCCACAAAGAAACCAAAAGUAGCACCCGUAGCUUCAGUUUUCAGGAAUGAUAGCGAUGACGAAUAGCAAAACAGUUCCCAAGUUGCAUCUUGUAUCAGCAUUUUGAGGGUUGUAUCUUCAAGGAACAUCUUCUCGCCCUUAAGUUGAGUUCAUGUAAUCUCAUGCCAAUAGAUAGUCUUGUUUAAACUUGUUACUCACUAUUAGACUGUUAAUUCAUGUAUCAGCUACAAGUUUGGUGUCAAUCUUGUUUUCAAGCCAAUUUAGUCUGAUGAAGAGAUAUCCAUACAAGUAUCAUACUCCAGACAAUAUCCUUAGACAAACUUGUAGUUCUGAUGCGUUCUGUUAUUAUAACUAGAUCUUGCAAAUGAGACUGGAUAAUAUUGUAAUCUUAAACCAUUGUCGAAGUUUGUUAUGUCACAAGUCUUGAGAAUAUGUAUUUAUACUGGCAUGGAUUGAUUACUAUUCAAUUAUCUUAUUCAAAUUAUUCAUAAAAUUAAUGGCAGCCACUUUGUUUUUUACACAACUUUAUAUGUGUGUGUGUGUGUGAAUAUUCUUAUUUAGAUUAAACACAAAUUAUUUGUAAGUUUACAAUGCCUGUUUAAGGGUUUGGAUAUUUACAUGUUUUCUUCAUGAUAAUUGAUAUUAGUUUAAACCACCCCAACUUACAAAAUAAUUUUCAGUGAGUUUAGAGUUUAAAUGAAGGUUGAAAUAUCUUUUUGGUCUGAAGGUAAUGUCUAUAUUUAAAAAUUAAUAAUAAUCCAGAAAAAAACUACCUUGAAGCCAAAUUUUGAUUGAAAUUCAUGAACCAUGAAUUGUUCAAUGUUUAACAUGUGCAUUAAUCAAAUAGUAGCGAGAAAUUAAAUUAAGGUCAAUAUCGCAAAGAAAGAAAUCAAUACUAAUGCUCUGUGUUUGUUUUGGAGAAAAAAUUAUGAGACCGUGUCUCACGUCCUAUUGACUUGCAAGAUGGCCAAGUUUAUCUGGCUUAAGUACAUCCCUAACAUGUAGCGCCUCUUUGUGGUGUAUAGGUCUGAUUGGCAUCCUUCAGAGCUCUGGGGUGGAUGGUUGAAAAGCUUGUUCUGCGACCCAGCUUGAAGGAAAGCGAGUCAAGUCAAUGGUGCCUCUCGCCUGAACGAGUGGAAGUUGAAUGCUGAUGUAUCUUGGAACAAAGAUAAGAGAAGUGACAGCGUGAGGUGGUCUUUCCAAGGAUUGGUCUAUCAAAUUUUUAGAAGCUCAAACUAUCAUCGAGGGUUAAUUUUCCUCUCUUCUUUUCCCCUCCCUUGUUCUGGUGGUUGAAUCGGAUGUUAGGGAGAUGGUUAAUAUGGUCAAUAACUGCUUAGGUUAAGAAUGCAAUUGAUGAAUUUUAUGCGUUAGCAAGCCAGAUGUUUCCUUUUCGUUUUACCUGCAUGCUUGUAAUAAGGUUGCUUACUGUGUAGCCCGCUUUGCUAUUGGUUUUGAUAA